AUGUGCAUACCAAUACUGCAGAUGAUCCACAUAAUUCGUGCUCCUACUAUGGUUUUGAUCGAGUUUAGUUGGUGCGUUCGCUGUUUAUCUAAAGGUCAGCGUGCCAUCGGAGCGCUCUCCGAAACACCUAUCACAAAGCCCCAAGAUGACGGAACCCCCGAGUCUCAACUACUAGCCGCCGGCGUCCGGUUGGAAGAUUACGGGGUAUCGAGCUAUCCAAUUCAAAUUUCAGGAAACGCCAGACCACUGAGCAUUGCACAGUUGAAUAUAGAGGCUGCCUCGGGCGGCUAUCUCACGCGCAAUAGCAGCAUCUUGAGCGAGAGCGACACCAUGUGCCCUCAUGAUUGGUAUUUAUACCAGGGAUGGAUCCCUACAGAAGAUGAAUCGCUUCAGUUUGGAAAUUCAUACAAUUUUAGCCCUUGGAUACCGAGUAUCUCACAAGAGGCUUCAGAAACACAGGAGAAGUUAUCCUGGACGGAUCCUGGCUUUGCUAGCGACAUGCUAGACAGCUCGUUAUGGCUGACCGCAUCAUUGCUGGAAGACACAACCGACAACCAGCUCAAACCCCUCUACGAAUGCAACGAGGAAUCAUCAACAGUCUCUGAUGAGAAAGAAACUCACGACGCGGCUAUGGAAGAUGGCGAUAGUACAAGGCGAGAAGGAAGCAUUUCUGAUGAUCAGCAAGCUACUGAUGGAGAAGAACAAAGGCGCUUGCGACGCAUAAUCCGAAACCUGGAACAGUUCGAAAGCGAACAGAAAAGAUAUGGGAAGCAGCAGCUGAGGGCAAUCAAAGAUGGCCGAGCUUAG